GCUCUGGGGCACCAUCACACACCCCAUCACACACUUAGCGCGUUCACACACCGGCACCUCACUCCUGGGUGAGGCCACGAUUUUCACACACACAUACACACACACACACACACACACACAAUGGCCCUUGGUCAUUCCAUCACACUCAUACACACGGCCACCUGUGCACCCACCCGGUACACCAAGUGGGAGCCUUGCGUAUACACCCAGGCAUAGCUACGCAUUCACACCAGACAUCGCCUAUCACAGCACACUCAACUCAGCAAUACUCCCUUAUCAAACACACUCACAGCCACCCUGCUCUGGCCUGCUUGUCCCUAUUCACACUUGUUCACGGUGUCCCUCAUGUACCCCUAGACCCUGGAGUAGGCUGUGCACACACUUCCUCUCCCAUACUCUCCAUCUCUUAGCUUGCUGCCCAUCCCCUGCACUCACUCAGCCCAAGUGUGCACACCCCUGCAAAUCUACUCUUGCCCUCCUGUGGAUGAAUGGAUGGAUGGUCUGGGGGCCACUUCUGGAAAAAGAACCAGAUAGCGGCCUGGGGCACAAGUAUGGUCAUAAGGGCAGUUGGGCAGUCCUGAAGACCCAGCCUGGCUCCAGCUUCUUUGAAAGAACUCCAGCCCCCCAGCACCUCAGCCCACAGCCCUCUGCUGCCCACAGGAUGGGAGCCUGGGGGCUGGGAACCCAGCCAUGAGGGACUGCUGCCCCUCCCAGCAAAAGGCCAGCCCUGCACCCCCUAGGCACAAGCCCGCCCCAAGCCCAGGCAUGGACUCUAGACACAGCAGCCCCAGUGGGGCUGGGGAAGGGGCUUCCUAUUCUGAGGGUCCUGCCGGGAGCCUGGCCUGCCCCUCCCUGACCUACAUCCCUCCCCAAGAGGCAGCUACCAAGGAGACAUUGGGGGCACAUGGAGCCUUGAUCUCAGGGACAUCAGAAACCACCUUCUCUGGGAAGCCAGAGCCUGUGUCCUCAGUGAAAACUGAUCCCUCAUCCUGGGAGAACAGAAAUCCUAUGUUUUUGGAGAAGAUGGAUUCCAAGUCUUCAAAGCAGGCAGAUUCCGCUUCCAUAGGAAAGGAAGAGGCUGGGUCCUUGAGGAAGGCAGAUCCCAUGUUUGUAGUAAAGACAGAACCUGAAAUCUUGGGAAAAGGGGAUCCUUUGUCUUCUGGAAGGAUGGAUCCUGUGACUCCGAGAAAGGAGGAUCCGGGACCCUUGGGAAAGGUAGACCCUGUGUGCUCUGACAAGGGGGGUCCAGUGCCCCCAGGGAGGGAGGGUCCCGCAGCCUCUGCCCGAGCCGAUCCUGAGUUCCCGAGAAAGGAGGGGCCCAGGUAUUCAGGAAAGGAGCUUCCUGUGGCCUCCGAAGAGACGGCUGCUGCCUCGGUGGGAAAGGCAGAUCUUGUGUCCUUGGGAGAGAGAGAUCCUGGGCCCUCAGGAAAGAUGGGUCCUCGGUCCUUGGAAAACACAGAUUCUGCAGCUGCAGGAAAGCUAGACCCUGGGUCCUUGGCAACACUGACCGCAGGGUCGUCAGGCAAAACUGAGCCUGUGUCUCCGGGAAUAGUGGCUCUGGGGUCCUCAGGAAAGAUGGAUGCUACUCACUCGGGGAUGACAGACCCUGCAUGUAUGGGAAGUGUGGAAACUGUGUCCUCCACAAAAGAGGACCCUCAGUUCCUGGGGAAGACGGACCCUACCUCCCCGGGAAAGGGAGAGCCCACGUCUGUGAGAGUGAUCAAAACCACGUCUGCUGGGCAGCUGGAUGCUGUAUUUUCAGGAAAGACGGAAACCACGUCUUUGAAAGAUGUGGAUCCUGGGCCUUCGGGCAGGGUGGGCCCAGUUUCUUUGGGAAAGGUGGAUCCUGGGCCCUCAGGAAAGCCAGAGCCCUUGUCUCCUGGGCAGGCAGAAGCGAGGUCAACCGGAAAGACAGAAACUAUGUCAUCACGAACGGAGGACCCCGUGCCCUCCACAAACGUGGAUCCCAUUUCUGUGGGAAAUACAAAAGCAUCAUCUUCUGGAAAAGUGAAUUCUGAAUCGAAAGGAAGGAUAGACCCUGGGCCCUCAGGUCCAGGGAAUCCCAAAUUCUUGGGGACAGCAGGGCCCUCAUCCUCUGUAAAAGCUGAGACAGAGACUGAGGGGGAAACAGAUCCACUGUCUUCAGAGAAGGCAGGUCCUACGGCCUCUGGAAUGGUGGGUCCCACAGCCUCAGGGAAGGCUGAUCCCCUGACCGUGGGCAAGAUAGACGCCGUGAGCAGAGGGAAGGCAGAAAGCGUUCCCCCUGGAGACGCGGACUCUGUGUCUUCCGGAAAAGUGGCCCCUGUGACUCUAGAAAAAACAGUCCUGGCAUCCUUGGGAAAAGCAGAAGCUGUCCCGGAGGGAAAGGUGAACCCUCUGCCCCCAGAGAAGGGGAAUCCUAUGAACUCCACCAAGGUGGACCCCAGGGCCUCAGGGAAGGCAGAACCCAGGUCUGAGGGCAAAGCAGAAACAAAGCCCCUUGGGCAGGAGGGCCCUGCUUCAUCGGGAAAAACAGAGGCUGCCUCUCUGCAGGAGAAGCCGCUGGCCCUGGAGAAAGGGGAGCCGGAAGCCUCAGGAAAAGCAGACCCCAUUGUCUCUGGGAAGGUGGAGCCUGCGACCCCCCGGGAGGCCGGUGCUGCGCCUCCAAGAAGAGCAGAGUCCCCAGCCUCUGGGAAGUUGGCCCCUCUGACUCUGGAGAAGGCAGAUGCCUCCUCCUCCAGGCAGUCAGAAGGCAAACCGUGCGGCCCAGGCCCUUCUCUCGCGGGGGCCGGUAGUGGCGGAGGCCUCUUGGAGCCAGUGCCCGAGCCCAGCACAGAGGUCUCCAGCCUAGGUCGGAAAGACCUGGUGGCCGCUGGGGCCGAGAGAAGCCCCGGCCCGGAGGCCACAGGGCCCCCGCCUGGGCCGCGGACUCGCGACAACUUCACUAAGGCGCCGUCGUGGGAGGCGAGCGCCCCGCCGCGCGAGGACGCGGGGACGCAGGCGGGCGCGCUGGCCUGCGUGUCGGUGGCCGUGAGCCCCAUGUCUCCGCAGGACGGCGCGGGCGGCCCGGCCUUCAGCUUCCAGGCGGCGCCUCGAGCGCCCAGCCCCGCGCCCAGACCACCCUCGCGCCGGGACGCGGGCCUGGGUGUCGCUGGGCGCCGCCGAGACGCGCUCGGUGGCCCACCCGGCCUCUUCCGCGCGUUGCUGCAGAGUGUGCGCCGGCCGCGGUGCUGCUCCCGAGCCGGACCCACGGCCGAAUGA